GGGUCGGGUUCGCGGGUUUUUCGGGUUUUUCCCCCCCUAGAAGUAAGUGUUCGUAAAACCUAACCAAAGCAAACCAAAUACAAACACAGAUAAAAUUCAUAAUUUAUUUGCGGCGAUGCGACGUAAGAAGCUGAAGGCCAGGUUUUGGUCGAAACCAAAGACGUUGUACAAACCAUGGCGGAGAUCAUUCGACAGUAUUGAAUCAGCUAUAUCCACUCAGAAACUGCAUCACUUUGGGAAAUUCGAUGAUUAUCUUGAAAACAAGCAUUUGGAUUGGAAAACAAAGCGUGCUGCUCUUGAUGCUUCACCUUUUGUUGUUGCUCUCAUCUCCUACACUGGUUCGCAGCGGCUAUUUAUAUGUUCUGGGACUAUCAUUAGCUCGUAUGCUGCAGAUGGUGGAUUUUUGGGUACCAUCUUGACUUCUGCAUCCCUUCUUAGAUCUCCAACUAUACAAGAUAGUGUGGCUGAUGAUAUAAAGGUGGAUGUCUACUUGCUUGGUCGUAGCAUGUGUGAGGGUGAAAUAUUGGGUUAUGACUUGCAUUAUAAUGUUGCUGCCAUCCGUAUCAAGUCUGAUGUUCAAUUGAAAACUGCUGUUAUUGGAAAUCUUGAUAAAUAUAUGGAGCGCCAUGCCCGCUUUGGUGAUAUGUCAUUUCAUCUUGCACGUCACCGCGAUACAAUUGCAAACCAGGGAUUGAUUGAGCUCCGUCCAGGAAUGGCUGUUAUUGCUUUGGGUCGUUAUUAUGAUGACCGCUACCACAUUAUGGCAGCGCCUGGCAAGAUUAUUACGGGAGACUCUGAGUUAGAUUGUAAAGAUCUUUUUAUGGCGCAUAGUGAAAUCACCAAGAAUGGUAUAGGAGGACCACUUAUUAAUUACAGUGGAUGCGUCAUUGGACUGAACUUUCACAGUUUAGCUCGCACUCCGUUUUUGCCCAUCAAUAUCGCCUUAAAAUGCUUGGAGCACUUGGUGAACUUUAGGGAGGUCCCUCGACCAUGGCUUGGACUUGAGUUAUCAGACUUAAAAAAUAUAGAGCUUGGUCAGUUGGAAAAGUUAAUUCAUAUCUCCCCUAACUUAGUUGGUGUGUUAGUUAGAAAGGUAGAAUUGAGAUCGCCUGCUUCUGAUGCUGGAAUAUGCACCGAUGAUGUUGUAAUUCAGAUUGAUGGAAAGCAUGUUGAAAGUUCUCUGGAGUUUGCUAGUGUAUUAUUGGACAAGGGCAAGGAACCCGUGACAGUGAUGGUUAAGAGAGCAGGUUUUAUUAAACCUUUUCCAAUCUCUGUACUUUUACAUACUCAGAGCGCCAGAACAUUGAACAGAUGGCCUUUACCGGAAGAAACCUGGGGGUAUGGGAGAUAAUACAUUUGUAACUUCUCUACUCAUUGGUUGGAUCCAUGUGCCUUGCUAGUUGCUAAUAUACAUUUAUUGGUUUUGGUUCUGUAAUUUAAACCGCUCUUUCCUCUGUCCUGCCGAAAUGUUUAGAUUCGGGUUGGCAUUUUGUAAGUCUGACUAUCAGAUGUUACAUCCAUAUCUGCUUUUUUUGAUUUGGUAUCAUCUUUUGCUUUUCACCAACCAAUGCCUGGACAAUGUUCACUUGCUGUGGAGGGGUCCGAUUGACAGUAAUUUUUUGUUGAAAAGUUGUCAAUAAAGUUGUUUCAAAAUCCCCAUAUUUUUUUUAA